AUGCCCGUUAUUAGACAUGAAUCCGAGGAAUUCAAUCUGGCCCAUGACGAAGAGGAAAAACUGAAUCAUUUCCAGUUAAUUACCGGGUUUCCAGAAGACGAUUUGCCUCAGAUAAUCCAGCUUUUAAGGAACCACGGAUGGCAAUUGGAACCGGCUUUGAGUCGGUAUUUUGAUGGAGAUUGGAGGGAGAAUUUGAGUGGGAGUGGUCCGGCGCUUCCCCCUCGUCCUCCCACGCCAAUGGAACCUAGGCUUUCAGAAACGCCGCUAAAUUCUUCAUCUCCUUUUAUCAUAAAUCAGGCCAAUUUCAUUCCGAGUUUACCAUUGGCAAGGAUGCUACCUCUCAAUUAUAAAGAGAAAUUUCUUAACGCUGGUUUAGACCGGCCAAAUUCUCCGUUUGCGUCGCAUCCUGCGAUAAUAGUGCUUCUUGUAUUACCCCGCAUUCUGUUGAAAGCCGGCAUGGGCUUGUUGAGUCUGCUGUGGUCCAUUAUUUCUUUUGGAUUCAGAACCGACGGUGUUCAGUCGGAAACCGUGGCUAAACUUCCUUCACGCCCGCUAACGGUGUCGGAAUCGCUCAGGACGCAGAUUUCUUCCAAAUACCAAGACUCAGACGAACUUUGCAACUUGAUUUCCAAAGAGCCUUACAACGAUAUCUACAAGAAAUGCGAACAGGAGUACAAAUACCUUCUUUUAAUUUGCAUGGGGGACAUUAGCUCAGAAGAUCCGACUGCCAUUGAUAUAAACUCAGAACGCCUUACAAGACACAUUCUCAAUGAUUCCUCGACAAUUAGCCUUCUGAAAAACCUUUCAGAUAACGUCAAGAUUUAUGCGCGUUCUGCGCACGACUCUGAGAUGUGGUGUGUGGCCAAGCAGCUGAACAUCAGACAAACACCAGAGUGUUUAUUGAUUGGCAAUGUGCUGAAUUCAGCCGGCUCUACAUUCAGCACGACGAGGAUGUCGGUACUUGGAAGACUGAGAAUUGGUAACCUCCAGAAAUUUCAAAACUCCCUUAAGCUCUGCUUGGAGAAAUAUGACUCUGAGAUGGUGGUGAACAGAACAGAGAGGGAACAACUGAACACGGCUCGACUCUUGAAACAAAUGCAAGAUGAGGCCUACGAGAAUUCAUUAAAGCAAGAUCAGAUCAAGCAAAAAAAUCGCGAACUGGCAGAAAAGGAAACCGCUUUAGCGGAAGAGAAAGCACUCCAGCGCUUGGAGCUGAUAAGGUUACAACGUAUCAUCAGAUCGUUAAAGGCCGUUUGCCUGUGUCUUGAUUUACUUUGUGGGGAGGUCGAGGAAGAGGCUGGAGAGAAACUGGCUUCUAUUCAGGUCAGAACGUCUAAUGGUACGAGAUUCAUUUUGAAAUUAUCCAAGAAUGACACUUUACAGAAACUUUAUCAUGUCACUUACGCGCAUUUAUGGCUCCAGGAAUUCGCGCCACAGAAUAGGUUUUCUAUCUUGACUAAGCUGAAGCAGAAAUUACUAGAUUUGCAAGAAGAGGUAGACGACAUAGACUUCCAAGACGCUUUAGAUGAUACGGGAGAGCACGACGAGCAACAAAUUCGUGAGCUCGCACUGGAACAGUUGGAGAAGUUAGAGAAAUUGGCACCAGACACUGACAUCGAGCUCGAUUUUGAGUUGGUAUGUCCAUUCCCUAGAUCUGUAAUAUCCAACGAUUUGAAUGAGGUAAUCGGACACGUUGCUCAAAUUUGGCCUCAAGGUAAUCUUUUGGUGGAGAGCAUCGAGGCGGACGAUGCACAUGAAGACGAAGAAUAA